GUCCAAAGCUAAGCAUUUUCUGUCGCACAGAGCUUUUAAUGAUGUAAGAUAAUUACUUGUAUACGUGUCUUAAAAAGGAGUGCCUUGUAAAAAGCAAAUAAACUCUCUCUUUCCCUCUCUCUUCACCCAUCAAGCCCCCCAAGAAUCAAAGAAACAGAAAAACAAAAAAUCUAAGGGAAAGAGGGCCUUCUUUGGCCAUAUUUUUCUCUAGCUCAAAAGUUCCUCUCGUUUUCUCAUGUGGGUAAGCUGUAGUGCCCUUAAAGAUUUUAUCUUUUUUUGUUGUAUUUUUUCUUGUUGUGUUGAGGGAUUACCAAGAUCACCAUGUAUUACCAAAACCAAGAUGGUGUUUUUAUCCCAUGUAGCCGUUUGUGAUGGUGGUUGUUAAUUUGGGUUGGGUUUUCAUUGAAAAAAGAAGAAGAAGAAAGGAGGAGACCCAUGUUUCAAGUGCUGAGUUGGGUUGCGUCAGAUCCAGGGAAGCCAAGCUAUGUGUGGGAAAGGCUUGACCUUUUUAGGGUUUUCUUGUGAUCAUUAAGGUUGGUUUUCCUUUUUUCCUAGGUUCUUUCACAUGACCCUUUUUGCUUUUCUAUUUCUGGAUUAAUAGAUAAAAGGAUUGAAUUGCAGUCGUUUUCAUUUGAGCAUGAGUAUAUUUAAGGUUUGGUGCUGUAGAUAGGAUUUCGGUAUUCUGUGGUUGAUUCUUUGCCAGAGGGAGGGGAAUUUUGUUAACUCUAGAGUCUUAAAGAGUAAAAGAAAUUACAUGUGAAAGCUUGAACUUUCUAUAAUUAGAAGGAUUCAGGACAGAUCCAUUGCUGGUCACUGGAUCUGAUUACCCUAUUUCGCUUGGCUAAGGUUCACCUGACACUUCUUUUUUAUUUGUUCCUGGUGCUGUAAUUUGUGUUGGGUUAAAAUUGUUGUUGUAGAAGGAUAGGUGGGUCAGUGACAUAUCUUGUAAAGGAAUAGUUGUUGCUUCAACCUCCAAACUUCAUAGAAGCUUGAGUUGUAAUUGCUUAAUGGUAGAGAUAGAAGGGACUUGAUGGAAGAGAUGUCUCCGGCUGUUGCAGUGACGCUUAGUUUAGGCAAUUCUGUGUGUGAUAAAUCUGGAAUUGCAACCCACGUUGAAUUCGCACGCCUCAAGCUGUUAGCAGACACAGGAAAUUUGCCAUUGGAUUCUUCAAAGUUGGUGUCUGCAGAGUCUAUUUCCAACGCAAGUAGCAAUGAGGCAAAGAAUGCCGUUAGAAUAGUGACAAUUUCAGCACAAGAAGAUAACAGUGGACGGCCUGAUUUGUUUCCAAUGUUGCCAGAAAAUGGAAAUAGUUGUAUGGUCGGUGAUGAUGGUAUUGUUCAUGAUAGUGAGGAAGAUGAAGUUUUAUCAGUUGAGGCUGACACUAACAGAAUUACUAAUGAAGAGUUGCUAGCUCUGGAUGUGGAGUCUGGAAUAAGCUUACCAGAUGUUGUGGAGAUUGGAGGUGUCGGCGAUGGUCAGAUUGUUGCCAAGGCUAUCAUCUUGGUAGAAUCAAGUAUCGGUCAGGUGCCUUCUGGUGAUGUCAUUGUAGCAGCAGUAAGUCCUGUUUCAGAGAUAUCUGAUAAGUCUGAACUAGUGGCCUCAACAGUGGUUUUCCAGUCCCAUAGGGAGAAGAAUGUUGGUAAAGUGGCCCGGAGUGUCUUUGAGCUGGACUGUAUUCCACUUUGGGGUUCUGUAUCUAUUUGUGGAAGAAGACCAGAAAUGGAAGAUGCAAUUGCUACUGUGCCUAGAUGUAUGAAAAUUCCUAUCAAAAUGCUCAAUGGGAAUCAUGUGAUAGAUAGCAUAAGCGAAAGUUUGACCCACAUAACCAGUCAUUUCUAUGGCGUUUAUGAUGGACAUGGGGGUUCCCAGGUUGCUAACUAUUGUCGCGAGCGCAUCCACUUGGCUUUGAGUGAAGAGAUUGGAAUCAUUAAAGAUGAUUCAAGUGAUGGAAAUGUGGGAGGAAAUCAGCAAGUGCAGUGGCAGAAAGUCUUCACUGAUUGCUUUCUGAAGGUGGAUGAUGAGAUUGGAGGAAAAGUUAGUAGAGGAAUUGAUAAAAGUGAUGGAGAUGUUUCUGAUACAUUUGAGCCUGUUGCCCCAGAAACUGUUGGGUCUACAGCUGUGGUUGCCUUGGUCUGUUCAUCACAUGUUAUAGUUGCAAACUGUGGUGAUUCAAGAGCAGUGCUAUGCCGUGGCAAAGAAGCCAUAGCAUUAUCAGUUGAUCAUAAACCUAAUAGAGAGGAUGAAUAUGCAAGGAUCGAGGCAUCUGGGGGUAAGGUCAUACAGUGGAAUGGACAUCGUGUAUUCGGGGUUCUUGCCAUGUCAAGGUCCAUUGGCGAUAGAUAUUUGAAACCGUGGAUUAUUCCAGAGCCAGAGGUCAUGUUCGUUCCACGAGCCAGAGACGAUGAAUGCCUUAUCUUAGCAAGUGACGGUUUAUGGGAUGUCAUGACAAAUGAGGAAGUUUGUGAAGUUGCUCGAAAACGUAUUCUGUUAUGGCACAAAAAGAAUGGGAUUACAUCUCCUGCAGAAAGGGGUUCAGGAGUUGAUCUAGCAGCGCAAUCGGCAGCAGACUACCUCUCUAUGCUUGCCCUCCAAAAGGGAAGCAAGGACAACAUAUCGGUGAUAGUGGUGGAUUUGAAAGCUCAAAGAAAGUUCAAAAGCAAAUCCUGAAGGACGAAGGUUCACCCAUAUUCCAAUUUAAGUAAGCUGCACCCUAUAUACUAGAAAAAAGCGAUAUCUAAUUGAUAUAUAGCUAAAAGUCCAUUCGUUUUUCUCGUGGGCUCAAUGUGUGUUCAAGUAUAGAAAUCCAUGUGUACUAUAUAUAUAACAAGCAACUGUCAUAUGGGAAUGGCAUCUGUGUUUUUGGUCUAUGCAUCAUGAACCAUGAUUGCUGAGUUGUUGUUGUCAAAUUUGUGUUACUACAGAUUUAGGUGAGAGAACUCCCAAGGUUCUGUAAAUUUUAUGUACUUGUACCUCUGAGUUUCAAAAUAUGUUGCCUUUCUUCUUGUUGGA